UCUAGGAAGCACCAGAACGAUGUCCAGUAAGUCGAAAGGGGCCAAAGGUGGCAAAAAUGCUGCCGGUAGCGUUAAGGGAACGUUGGUGGCGGCCGCACCACAGGGACCAGUAUACGUGGAUCCCAAAACGGGAAACCUGCUGAUCAAGAUUCAAGCGAAACCCGGUUCCAAAUUCAACGGAAUCACAGACAUUGGUGACGAAGGCGUAGGUGUUCAAAUUGCUGCUCCCCCCAUCGACGGGGAAGCCAACACCGAACUGGUCAAGUACCUUUCCAAACUGCUGGAGCUACGCAAAAGUGACGUUUCGCUGGACCGGGGGUCCAAAUCGCGCCAAAAGACCAUCGUCCUCGAGAAAGGCUGCCGGACGCCGGAACAGGUGCUGGAUGUUUUUCGGAAGGAAGCUCAAAACUCGUGAUCUCUGGUAAGUGUUUGUAGCUAUAUAUAUAUUUACCCUUUCACUAUUUUUUUUUUCUGUUUACGUGUGUAUAUUUAAACUCUUUCUUCCUGGUUUUGAAUAAAAUAAUAAUUAUAUUUAGUAGAUAAUAAUAAACGACAUUACUGAAUUGGAAA